AUGCCCCGCGACACGCAGAUGGUCAAGCAAGCCUGCGAUGCGUGUCGACGUCGUAAAGUCAAAUGCAACGCCCAGAGACCUUGCAGCCAGUGUCGAUCAGCCGGGCUAAGCUGUCGAACAUCGCUGGUCCGACAGAAGAAAGGACGGCAAGGCCAGUCGGCCAACGUUCUCUCUGAAUUACGCACACAGAAUGCUCCAGGCAAUGAGCCAUCUAACUCUGCGAUUCAAGCUCCAACAGUGGCUACUCCUCUUGCGAAUACAACCAGCGGACGAUGUCGAUUUGGGCGCAAGGAAAGUCUCCUUCCUAGGGAGCUGAUCCGGGAUUGCUUCGAGUACUUCUUCGCGCGCAUGCAAGGUACAGUUCCCAUUCUACAGGGGGAAACCUUCCAGAGAUAUGUGGAGCACAUGGAUCAUUGUAUCCAUACCUAUUGCUUGGUGGUUUCCUUCUGUGCCUUUGUCAUGAUGCAGACAGGGUAUUCCUCCUCCCAAGCCACAGGCUCGAGAUGGGCCCAGAGUAUCGACGCCGGGUGCGAAUUGCUUGAUGAAGCGACAGAAGCGCGGAGGCAUCUUGAUCCGCUCACUGUUCCUGUCCGGCAGAGCAUCACCACCGCCUUUCUUCUGUACGGCUGUCAUAUCGCGUUGGGGAAUCAGCGCCACGCGUACUAUUACCUACGGGAAGCCACCACCUUGUACACGGCUGGCAUGCUGGGUACUCAAUCAGGUGCGUUAGACGGCGAUGAAGACGAUUCGUCUUUGUCUGGCAACCUGUUCUGGCUGCUUCUGAUUUCUGAACGAGCCCAUGCCAUUCGAAGGCACCGGCCCGUCACCCUACAGGUCACCGCCAACAGUCCAACUCUGGAAGAUGCCUCACCUCAAGACCCAACCAGUAUUGGAUUUCGCUGUCUGGCUGACCUCUAUCGCCCGUUCGACGAGUCUUUCCUGGGGCUCUGGAACGGUACGCAUGCCGCAUGCUCUCGCGGGUCGCUCAUUCUUCUCGACAAACAUAUUUGUAAUGCGGUUCCCCCCGACCUCGAGCUUCCCGAUAUCCCCAUGGCGGACCUCCGUGUCUCACAGCAGUGGUUGCGAACCAUGAUCUGGCAAUUAUCCACCACUGCGGGCUUUCUGUCCAGCAAAGCCAGCCAUCCGUGCAUGGAAUUUCGGUAUCCGUUACAGAUUGCCCGAGACCUCUCCUUGGCGACGUGGAAGCUGUCAACGCAAAGUAUGGAAACGCAUGGGAUUGGACUGAUUGAGAAAAUCUUCGAAGUGACCUGCACCCUCACCGAUGUAAUGGCUUGUCUAUUGACCGCGGGACUGCGCUCGUUGGGGUUCAACCUGGGGCCGCAGGACUACUUGAAGCAUUUCUUCUCGCUUACUUUGCCGUCCAUGCUGCAACCCAUCACGCAGCACCUCAAUCUCCCAGCAGUGACCGUGGAACCUCUUGUGCCGGCUGAAAAGGCUGACUUGGAGGGCUUUGGUGACACGUGGCCGGAUGACCAAUUGUACAGUGACUUCAACUACGCUGAGAUGAGUCAGAUUGGCGACAAGACGCUGGAAAUCGAUGAAGCGUUCAUGCAGUAUCUGCAAUUGAGUCCUUGA